AUGUUGUCGAUGACGUUAAGAGACUGUAGGAUGCUGACCCUGGCACUGUUAAUGCUUUGUUUGGGGUCAGAACAUGCAGCCUUUUUGACAAAUGAAAGGGGCGUCAUUGGAAAUGCGACGAACGAAACCAUCUCGCUGCCGGACAAUUUUCAUUUGGUGUUGUCCUUAAAAGGGGCAGUUAACCAAUUUGAUGCCAACAUUACUUUCAACAAACUCGCCUUUGAAACACUGUACGGUUGCCUCUGCCUAAAAGACACCUACAGCUGCAGCGGUAAUGUGACCUUUAUUUACGGCACAGGCUACAACUACAACACAGACAACAUCACAAGAGUACCAACAAACACAGCAGCCACCAUGUCGACAAUAUACAAAUGUGACAUCCCCAAUUUUGGCUUUCUGUCCAACAACAGAGGGGGCCAUUUCACCUGCACUCGAGCGGUGAGCGCAGAAAGUGAAUGUACAACAUCAUAUUGGUCAGUCUACAUUGGUCAGUGUGAUCUGGGUUCUGCUAACGUUAUUUGGAACCCAAGCCACCAAGCUACGUGGAAGUACACCAGCUAUAAAAAUAAUUCAAAGAGAGACAUCAUUUCUUCUUUACUUUGCAGCGCAGACACAAAUUCCAGCUAUGUUGAUACUACGUUGGUUACAUCACCUAACGAUUUGAUAACUUCGCCACGUGAUGGUGAUACAACAACAAACGUUUUAACAACAGCAACAACAACCAAUCCAACACAGGCUCAUUCAAAAAGCGACAGCAAUGAAGGAGCUGUGAUAGGCGGAGCUGUUGCAGCUGUUGUUGUAUUUACAACAUUGUUUGUAGCUGGAGUUGUGUGGAGUUGCAUUUUAUUCAGAAAGAAGAAGAAAGAUAUGAGCACUUUGGUUGAACAGUCAAAACAGAACAACCGUAAGCCACUUCCGGAUAUUCCUACAAGAAACAGCAAGCCUGCUAGACUUUACGGAAUUCCGGAACUGGGCAUUAAACCUGAAGAUAUUCCAAGAUGCAAUCACAGUCGUCGUAAAGAUGAUGAUGACACUAUAUCGAGUAUAUACGACGUAAUCGGUAGUGGGGUCUACGAAAAUGACAUUAGUAUAAACGGAAACACUUCCAUUAUUAAUAAUAAUAACAGGGACGAAAAAGAUAGAGCAAAUAACCAUGUCAUCAACAAUAACACAAACAACAAAAGCCCGUUUGGUUCCUGUACCAGUUUCGACAAGGCUUUCAGUCUAACGGUAACUAACGGUGAUUUUGUACCGGGCUAUUCAAAACUUGGAAGUAAGGACAACAAUAUACACAACGCACACAACCAACUGCAAGUGCCCAAACCAGAUAUGAAACGAAGACAACGACAGCCUAUUCCAACCGAGGAAUCAUUGCCGGGAAGUCAAGAUUCCACUGGUCAAGAGUCGUCAGGGUUCUCUUUGGGUCGAUAUUUUCAGGAGAAUUACAACUUUCUGAACAGACCGGCUGAAAUUCGCCGUGAAGAUAACCCCAACAACAAAUUAGAUGUACCAUCAGAGGAGAAUAAUGGAAAACAAAAUAACACGAGGAAUAGUGAGUUGGUUUAUCCUGCUAAUAAUGGAGAAUAUGGUAGCGAUGGUACACCAUACUUUAAAGUGGACAAAUAUGGCUUUCCGUACGAUUCCAUUGAAAGUGGUGGGACUUUUAAAAGUGAAGACAGUUUGCAAGGCUCUUUAAUUGAACCCAGAGACAGCCAAAGUGUUUGCUAUGUCUCUAUCUCUGAUCGCAGUAUUUGCAAAUGA